AUGGAUAUAGGUAAUGAAAAUUCAAAAUUAAAAGUAACAAAACUAUAUGAAUUUAUAUUACAUGAAAAUUCCUUACAUGAAAAUGCACGACUUAAUCUUGGUUAUUGUUUUCGACAACGUGGUUAUUAUCAACAUGCUUGGAUACAAUAUUCAGCUAUACUUCAUCUUAAUCCAUCAAAUGUUCGUGCACUUGAAGCACGUACUAUUGUUUGUUUACAAAUGAAUCAUCCAACCGAUGCAUUUAUUGAUCUUAAUCAAGCAUUACGUUAUCGGUCAUCAUCAGCACAAUUACUUACAAAUCGUGGUGUUAUUCAACAAUUUUUAUGUGAUAAUAAAAAUGCUAUGUGUGACUAUCUUUCAGCUAUGCUUGCUGAUCCAAAUCAUGCAUUUGCACAUUAUAAUACUGGAAAUAUAGUUAUGUUUCAUGGACAAUUUCCACAAGCUAUUAGUUUAUUUGAUCGAGUUUUAGAAAUAAAUCCGCGAGAUGAAGCAGCAUUAACCAAUCGUGCUAUAGCUAAAGUUGUUUUAAAACAAUAUGAUAGUGCACGUGAAGAUCUUGAACAUGCUCUAAAAAUUUCACCAUUAAGUGCACAUAUUCAUGUAAAUCUUGGACAAUUACUAUUAACAAUGAAUGAACCAUAUGAAGCAGAAAAACAUUUUUUUAAAGAGCUUUAUAAAUUCGUCUAUGUGAUCCAGUUGUAUAUAAAUGGUGUGGUGAUGCACGAUGAAAACAAGAUGGAUGCAUUACAAUUAGCAAGAAAACAUGGUCUUAUUAAAGCAUCGACUAAAACUAGACGAAGAUUGUGA